GCGGAGGCAGAGGCGGAGGCGGCACCUAGGAACCCGGGCGGGGGAGGCCCGGACCAAAGCAGUGACAAUUUCUUUUCCUGCGGCGGCAGCAGCAGCGGCAGCAGGCAGAGUUGCUUUAGGGUCGGGUCGGUGGGCCUGCUCGUGGGUUUGCAAGGACGCGGUAGCGCCCAGCGCUGGGGAGAUUAGGAGAAAAGGAAGAGGAGAGCCACACGGAGCCCCAGCCAGUGGAACUAGCAAAGCUCGCUCGGCCCGCAGAGAACCGGGAGGAAGCUGGGCCGGCACCGGCGAGUGGGCUCCUUCUAGCUGGGUUGCAUUAUCACCCCGCUAUAGUGCCAUCCUGCAAAAGCCACCGCGGCCGGGCUGUAGCCGCCAGACGGAUGCCAAAGCCACACGGCACGCGGGGGGGCCGCCGCAGCAGUCGCCGUCCCUCGCGGGCUCCCGACAUCCUGGGCUGCUGAUGAAGUGAUUUAGAAGAAAGAGUGAACACCUUCCCUUUGCAGACAGGACAGCAUGGAGCAGCCAUUUACUGUGAAUUCACUGAAAAAGUUAGCUGCUAUGCCUGACCAUACAGAUGUCUCCCUAAGCCCAGAAGAACGAGUUCGUGCCCUAACCAAGCUUGGUUGUAAUAUCACCAUCAGUGAAGACAUCACUCCACGCCGCUACUUCAGGUCUGGAGUAGAAAUGGAGAGGAUGGCUUCUGUGUAUUUGGAAGAAGGAAACUUGGAAAAUGCCUUUGUUCUUUAUAAUAAAUUUAUAACCUUGUUUGUAGAAAAGCUCCCUGGCCAUCGAGAUUACCAGCAAUGUGCAGUACCUGAAAAGCAGGAUAUUAUGAAGAAACUGAAGGAGAUUGCAUUCCCAAGGACAGAUGAAUUGAAAAAGGACCUUUUAAAGAAAUAUAACAUAGAAUACCAAGAGUAUUUACAAAGCAAAAACAAAUACAGAGCUGAAAUACUCAAAAAACUGGAGCAUCAGAGAUUGAUAGAAGCAGAAAGAAAGCGGAUUGCUCAGAUGCGCCAGCAGCAGCUAGAAUCUGAGCAGUUUCUAUUUUUUGAAGAUCAACUCAAGAAACAAGAGUUAGCCCGGGGCCAGAUGCGAAAUCAGGAGACCCCAGCGCUGUCUGAGCAGAUUGAUGGGAAUGCUUUGUCCUGCUUUUCCACACACCAGAACAAUUCCUUGCUGAAUGUAUUUGCAGAUCAACCUAAUAAAAGUGAUGCGACAAAUUUUUCUAGCCUCUCCCCUCCUGUAAACCGGGCCUUAAAGCCAGCAGCUACUCUAAGUGCUGUUCAGAAUUUAGUGAUUGAAGGACUGAGGUGUGUAGUUUUAUCAAAAGAUCUUUGCCACAAAUUUCUUCUGCUGGCCGAAUCAAACACAGUAAGAGGAAUAGAAACCUGUGGAAUACUCUGUGGAAAACUGACGCAUAAUGAAUUUACUAUUACCCAUGUGAUCGUGCCAAAACAGUCUGCAGGACCAGACUAUUGUGACGUAGAGAAUGUAGAAGAACUAUUUGGUGUUCAAGAUCAACACGACCUCCUCACUCUGGGGUGGAUCCACACACAUCCCACCCAAACUGCGUUCUUGUCCAGCGUUGACCUUCAUACUCACUGUUCCUAUCAGCUCAUGUUACCAGAGGCUAUCGCCAUUGUUUGUUCCCCAAAGCAUAAAGACACUGGAAUCUUUAGGCUGACCAAUGCUGGCAUGCUUGAAGUUUCUGCUUGCAAAAAGAAGGGCUUUCAUCCUCACACCAAGGAUCCCAGGCUAUUCAGUAUAUGCAAGCAUGUGUUGGUAAAAGACAUAAAAAUAAUUGUGUUGGAUCUGAGGUGAUUUGUACCAAAUAUAAGCACCGUCAACACCAGACCGUGGACAUGUGAUUGCUGGAUUUUCUUAAGAUAUUUCCAGAAAUGACUGAUAUUUUAUAUUUAUAAAUUUUAGAUCAGAAAGUUUGAUAUUUAUUGCUCUUGCAUAUUUUGAAGUUUUCCUUUUGGUUUGCUCUGUCUCAAGAGAAGUCUCUUGGUAUUAAGUCAUUAUCUAUGUACCGAAAUGCUAUCAUCACCAGAUAAUAAAUUGUGCUGCAAACAA